CUUGUUUCUGGUCAGUCCACCUUUGAAUAUAAAAACCUCUCUAUUCUGUUCUCUUCACUACACAAACUCAGAGAGAGAGAAAGAGAGAUGGGGAAGAUAACUAUAAUUCUACUACUGUCCUCCACAAUCAUAGCAAUGCCUAUGGUUAUGGGCAUGGCUGAAGGGCCAAAAGCAGUAGAAGAAUGGUUCUCAAAGCUUCGCCAGAAGAAGGAAAAAGUAACCAGACUUCACUUCUUCUUCCACGAUACAGUAAGUAGCACGAAUCCAACUGCUGUAACAGUGGCUCAAGCCAAUGGUACCUCCAAAUCACCGACCCUUUUUGGGGAAACCGUCGUCAUGGAUGACCCAUUGACGGUUGGGCCUGAACACAAUUCCAAGUUAGUCGGUCGAGCCCAGGGUUUGUACAGUUCAGUCGGUUUGGAGAACAUAGCUCUACUUAUGACCAUGAACUUGGUGUUCACAGAGGGGAAGUACAAUGGUAGCACUCUGAGUCUCCUUGGAAAGAAUGCCGCAUUACAGAUGUACCGUGAAAUGCCCAUCGUCGGUGGAACUGGUGUUUUCCGAUUAGCUCGUGGAAUUGCUACGGCAAAGACGGUGUUUUUCAAUGCUACCUCGUUAGAUGCUGUGGUUGAGUAUAAUGUCAUGGUCAUUCAUUAUUGAUUGAUGGUGGCAAUUAAGUGUUUUUGUCUUUUUCUUUCUCUGUCUAUGUAUUUCUUGUCUUUUGUUUAGUCUAUGCUUUUGUAUUAUUUGUGGGGAAUCUAUUGAACAUUGUCAAG